AAUAUUUUGCACAUAUUUUCAAAAUACAAACAAUAUUUUGUCAUUUAUUAAUAAGUUAGUGCUAAUAUUUCACUUUGUGGACUGCACAUCUAGUGAGUGCGACCAUUUUUUGAAGAAACUAGUACGUAACAUAAUUGGUGGUGCAUUACUAUACCGAACAAAAAUUUUUAGUUAAAACUAGCUUUUUCCCGCGGCUUCCCACGCGUUAAUUCGUAACAUGAAAGAUGAACCUGCCCAUAAGAAGUGAUCAGCCGGUGUUUAUCGACGUAGCCAGCGGGUUCCAAGAAGUGCCCGUGGAGUUGGACAAAACAUUGGUAAAAGAAGAGGUUGAUGAUGACAGCCGAGCCAUGCCAGAGUCCUACGAUACGAUCGUUGUGGGGCUAGGCUCAGCUGGUGUGACAGCUGCGACCAUUCUGGCGAAGGCCGGAAAGCGAGUCCUGGGGCUGGAGGCGAUGGACAGGAUUGGCGGCAGAGUGAAGACGGUGCCGUUUGGCGAUGGUUUCAUUGAGGAAGGGGCCGAAUGGAUACACGGCACAGAGAACAGCAGAGUCUACCAAAUGGCAAUAGACAAUAACAUACCAACGCUAGACCAAGAACUGGAGUUCGAAGUGUACAGGUCUGAUGGUACACUGGGCAAUAACUCGUUGAUUUCUGAACUGGUCGCUUUCUGUCACGAUCAAGCUUUCACCGCGACGGACAAGCCGCUGUCUUUGGGCGAAUUUAUAACUGGCAAAUUCAUGGAACACAUAAAGAUUAAAUAUCCCGAAUUGCAAUCGAACCAGACGUUCAUCAAGGAGUUUCUGAACUUCAUGAACCUCAUUGUCAACAAUUACGAAGGUUCCAACGAUUGGACCGACGUCAGCGCCAAGUCGGCGUUCAAAGAGUUGGGUGGGCACCAGCAUAUGAGCUGGCAUAGAUACGGAUAUAAGACCUUCUUCGAAUUGCUUUUGAAUACAUAUAACAACGGGCCAGGGUGGCCAAACCUCGAUAUUAAGUUGAAUUCGCCCGUGUCAAAGAUUAUAUGGCCACGCGACAGUACAGGUAACGUCAUAGUGCAGUGCGAAGGAGGGCAGACGUACACUGCACGACACGUCAUCGUCACUGUGUCGUUGGGUGUUUUAAAGGAGCGACAUGAAAAAAUGUUCGAACCCGCGUUACCGAUAGAGAAAACGACGGCCAUAGACAAAAUGUCUAUUGGCGUCAUGGACAAAGUUAUUUUGAAAUUCGAAAAGCCAUGGUGGGACAGGAAAUUGUUGUUCUUUAGUUUCCUUUGGAGGUUGGAAGAUAUAGCAAACGUGUCUAAGGAGGAUUAUUGGAUAACCAGAAUUCUCGGGGCUAGCAACCCCAUGGGCUCUGAUAAUACGUUGACUCUGUGGACAAGUGGGGAUGUAGGCAAAAUGGUGGAGACAUUACCAGAUGAGAUCGUGAUACGAAAAACUAUGGAGCUGCUUCGAAAGUUUAUGGGCAAGAAGUAUAGCAAUAUACCGGAACCAACUGGCAUGCUCAGGUCAAAAUGGUAUAGUAAUCCGUACACGAGGGGUAGUUACACCUACGACAACUUGGACACCCCAAAUUACCCGCACGCAAGAGAGGCCCUGGGGGCCCCACUGCUGGAUUCCUCCGGAACACCGAGGGUUCUGUUCGCGGGAGAGGCGACCAACCCUAUACAUUUUUCCACGGUAGCUGGCGCGAGUGAUACUGGAUAUAGGGAAGCUAUGAGAUUGCUGCCAAGUAGUAAGAUGUAAAUAAACGUUUUAUAUAAA